AUGGAGAUAUCCGCAGGACGUGCCAUGCCUGCAUCAAGGCAGAAAAACUGCAACAACUGUGUUCAGACGAAAAGACGAUGUGACAGGCGGACGCCAGCAUGUUCUCGCUGCUCGGAGAAGAAGAUCUCCUGCAGCUACAGCAAGCCCAAGGCGCCAAGUCACCACGACACGCAAAGAACCCAGCAUACACCAUACACGGACGUCGUUUCAUUGGGAAGCCCCACAGCUUCUAGCUUUAUACCUAGCCUGCCACUCGAUGUGGACUAUUUUGGAAGCAUGUCUACAGAUGCUCAGCCGCCGAUAGUAGAUGAAACCACAGCUCAGCCAGCCACAGUGACUUCUGGGGGCGGUGAUAUCCUAAUGGAUAGUUAUGUAGACUUUAUUAAUAACGAUCAUGGGACGGCGCCUGAUCAAUGGCUUGUCCCAACGCAUGAGGGUCUUUUCACUGAACACCCAAGCACCCCAGUGGACGAAGAGAUUGUCAAAUCGUACCAAAAGAUGGAGUCUUUCUGUGAUCAAAUGGAACCAUGGUAUCUCUAUGAUCCGAAGUCAUCAUUAUACUACAUUACCAACCGCGUCAAAGAAUUCACGGCAGAAAUGGCAAGGACGAGCGCCACACCUUUCUUGCACCGAUGCUUGUACAAAGACUACACACCUCAGUGUAUGCUAUCAUGCUUCACCACCAGCGUGCUCUACGCGAACCGCACGCCGGCAAACACACCCAUGGUAAUGCGAGCGAUCCAUGGCGUCGUACGCGAGCUCAUCAAUGUGGAAGCCGGUCGUAACUUCGCAGCACCCAUUGAGAAGCUUGCUCGAACUCAAACACUAUUCAUGUAUCAGACAAUCCGUCUAUUUGAUGGGAAUAUCACCAUGCGGGCUCAAGGCGAAAAGGAUAUGCCUCUGCUUCAGACAUGGCUGUCUGAACUAUGCAAUAUGCGUGAUAACUUGGGAGAGUUGGCCCAACUAGAGAGUAGUGCGACUCGUACCCAGCCGCCAAGGGAGUGGGAACAAUGGGUGUUCGCUGAGUCUGUACGGAGGACCAUUGUGAUAGCAUACUCAGUCAUUACUCUCUACGAAACUAUGAAGGAGCCUGAGGAAGAAGACGACCCUGGACCCUGGGCUUACAUUCAUCGCUGGACACUUGCCCGUGCUCUAUGGGAGGCCGGCUCACCUUCCGAAUUCGAUCGCAUGUGGAAAAGCAGCUCGCAUUACAUCAUUUCUAAUUACUCAUUUGAGAAAUUUCUAGAGCAUGGAAAGGGCAAAGACGUGGACGAGUUUGCGGAAAUACUUCUAUGCGUAUUCAUAGGAGUCGAUGCGACGAAGGAAUUCAUUUCCACACAUCAAGAUUAG